AUGGAGUGCCCGGAUAGUAUUAUUCCGUUUUACUAUAAGCUCAUGGAUGCUGUACGAAUAAAAGAUGGUGUCGAAGUGGUGAUUAAGAGAGUAAUGUUGGAAGAAGACAAUGUGCCACUUCUACAAUACUUGAAUUCUCCGGAAAUGCUCAAGGAUCCACGAAAUAACGUUGUGCGCCUACUAGAAGUAAUUACAGUUCCUCAUACGAGCGAUACCUUCCCACAACCUUCGGCUCUCCUUGUGAUGCCAAAGCUUUUCCCUUUAAAUUCUUCGCAUCUUCCAUUUCGACACGUCAGGGAAGUUCUCAAUGCUCUGGAUCAAAUUAUGGAGGGUAUCGUCUUUCUGCAUGAACAUAGGAUUGCCCAUCGUGACGCUUGCAAUCUCAACUUCAUGAUGGACCCGACCGAUGUCAUUCCCAGCGGCUUUCACUUCGCAUGCGACUGGCACCAACCUGACGGCGUAACUCGUAUUCACUUUAGGGACCGGUGUUCAUUUCCACAACUCAGGUACUACUUGAUUGACUUUGAAACAGCACAAAUUUUUCCCCCAAAUUCCUUUACCAUCGGUAGAUAUGGGCAGGUGAAAGACGUCCCAGAGAUGUCUGAAACAGUGCCGUACGAUCCCUUCAAAUUGGAUGUAUACCAGGUCGGAUCUCUAGUCAAGACGCUCAUCGAGUUAUAUGAAGGACUUGACUUUCUGGUGCCCCUUAGAGAUAUCAUGAGAUGUCCUAACCCUGAACUCCGACCAACCGCUUCCGAAUCUUUGAGUCGAUUGUGUAGUAUUGUAUCUCAACUAGAUCAAGCUUAUCUCUCUUAUGAGAUUUGGCUCAAAGACAGUACACCCAUUUUUCGGAAAUAUCAAACUGUAUCUCCUGAUGAGAAGGCAAAAUGGUGGAAAUUUGGGAAAUUGGCUCAGUUAAUUUGUGGGGCCAACAAGUCGACAAGACUCAAUGUUCUUUAA